AUGGAGCCAGAAAAGUACAAGUGGGCUAAAAGCUAUGAUGAAUUUUUAGAUGUUUUAAGAGAACAUGAAAUUUCUACCACAUCCAAGUUUGUAAUUAUUUGUGCUCCAAGUAAAUUUAAUUCAGAGAAAGUUAGUCCUGUCAAGAAUCAAAGAGUUUAUUGGCAAGAUGAUAUACCUUAUUUGUACUUUAGUUCACGAACAUUCUCUUGCCAUCAAGGGAAAGACUUGAAUGUAGUCAAUAAAAAGAAGUAUGCCAAGAAAAGAGAUAGCAAGGCUCUAACAGACCAUUGUUUUACUAAGAGAUACCAUCAAGCUCAAACAACAAAGAAGCUAGACUGUCCUGCUCAAAUUAUUGUCAAGAGAGUCAUCAGGAUACCAGAACUAAAACUGUCUAAGUCGCUGAAAGAAAAAUAUGAAAAAGAGAAAAUAUCACAAAUAAUAAAGAGGAAAAUAUCAGACUCUGAAGAAUUUGGUGAAGAGUGCUACCUUUUCAACUUGCCAAGUAUGGAAACACAUGCCAACCAUCUGAUUGGAGUAGAAGCAUCCAUUACUGAACCAGUAGACUCAAGAGUGAGGACCUAUAUUUCUCAGCUUGUAAAUAGAGGAGAAAGAAAUCCUUCCGUAAUAUUAAGAUUGGUGGAGUUUUAUGCUACCAAUGAACUCCAAGAAACAGAUAAAAUGAGAAGAAGGUUUUAUCCAUCGCUGUCAACAGUUCGACAGAUUAUAUCUGCUGCAAAAAUCAAGGCCUCAAAAAGCCCUAUUGACCAAGAAAAUGUUGAAAUCAUGAUCAGCAAAUUAGAUGGGUCUAAGAAUAGCAUUUUUUUUAGACCUUCUUCAGUGAGAGAAGAUGAAGAGGAAGAAGGAAGUUCUUUAAGCUCUAGUUUAUUAUUCGUCUACCAAAGCAGUGUCAUGAAACGUUUAUAUGAAAAGUAUGGUAAGAACACCAUUAUGCUUGAUGCUACAUAUCGCACAUGCAAGUACGCACUGCCAUUGUACUUUAUUGUUGUGGAAACAAACGUUAAUUUUCAAGUAGUUGGGGUUAUAAUAACUCAGUAUGAAACAAAAGAAGCUAUUACUGAAGGAUUGAAUGUUUUCAAAGAUUGGAAUCCUGAAGUACAUCCCAAGUAUGCUAUGGUGGAUUACGCCUAUGAAGAAAUUUCAAGUUUAGAGACUGUGUUUCCUGAUAUUUCUGUUUUUAUUUGCAGUUUCCACAGGGAGCAAGCGUGGCAUCGUUGGUUUUCUAGAGCUGGUAACUCAGCUAUUCCAAAAAAAGAAGCCUUAUCUCUUCUGAGAAAAAUUGCAUUUUCUGGUCCUGGACAAGAAUUGCAAUCAGCAAUAACACAGUUGCAGUCAUGGGAACAUUAUUCCACUAGUACAUUAAAAUGCUAUUUUGAAGGAACUUGGCUGAAAGAGAUACCAAGGUGGGCUACAGCCUUUAAGCCUCUAGACAUGCAUUUGAAUACAAAUAAUGGAGUGGAACGAAUGAACAAGGAGUUGAAGUACAACUACUUAGAGGGGUUCAAAGGAGUUCGCUCUCUGAAAUAAUCAGUAUCAUUAUUAAUGAUUUCCUCCCAGAAAGGUACAGAGUAUAUGUCUGGAAAAACCUGCAAAUGAAUAAACAAUACAGAAAGUAUGAUGAUGCCAUCCCCAGGUAUCUACAAGGAAGACCAAAAUGGUUUAUUGACCAUAUUAUGUCAAAGUUGUCAGCCCUACCUGCAGAAUCUGUCAUUAUCAAAAUCAAUGACAGUGAUUUUUUAGUUGAAUCCUCUUCUGACAAGGGAAAAUUCUACAAAGUCAGUUUUGACCGAACUAUGAAAUGUUGUAGCUGCACAUGUUAUGAUUUUAGUAAAGAGAGAAUGAUAUGUAAACAUGUGAUACAUAUUGGCAGCAAAUUUCCAUGUUGGGAUUUGGAAGAAAUUCACUCUUGGCUCUUAUCAGAUCCUAUUUUCAAUUUUGAUGAAGGCUUAAGAGCAACAGAUGAAGGGCAACUGGCAAACUCUUCUCAUUCUGUUGGUAAUCUUGUUGAUGUUGAAACAACAAGAAACAAUUGCAACGAUGAUAGCUGCUUUCAAAACAGAACAGAGAGCUUAGGUCACUCUUCAGUAUUUUGUGAUUUGAAGCUAAGGGGUAGUGAGAAGAAAUUGAAAUUGAAUUCCAUCAAUUCCUCAAUCAGAACGAUUCAAAGUAUUGCUUGGUAUCUGGAGGCAAGCAAUUUGUCUAGUUUGGAUGAUAAAAUGAAGGAAGUUGUAAAGGAGUUGAAAACUCAAGUUCCCACAGAUGUGAAUUCUGGACUUCCAGUAGAAACAAAUGUAAGUGAUAUCCAUCGUACUUCUGUCAAGAGGAAGAAAACGGACUAUUGUAAACUACCGUUGCAUUUAAAAAAGAGAGCAUUUACUGGCAGAGUUGGUGUCUUUGCUGAUAUGAUGAAGGACAGUAACAAAAUAAGCAUUACAUUGUGAGUAAGCAGAAUCAGUUGUAAUAAUUUAACUUACCACUUCUUGGUUAUUUGUUUGUUGCUGCUGUUUUUACUAUGUAUGUAAUUUUUUUUAUUUAGGAAAUGUUGAUUUUAUAUUGAUUUCAAAACGUCAAUUUUGUAUGCUGGUUUAAACUUUUAGUCCCUUUCUAAAAUUGUCUAUGUAAUUCAGUUAUCUUAUAACAAUAACUUACUUCACAUGUUUUUAAAUAGAUGUCUGAGAGUGUAUUAUUUCAAUACUUCUAUGUAUAUAAAUGUAUUUCACAGCAGUUGAUAUC